AUGACCACGGAAAAGGACGACCAUGCCUCUGACUCUCCCGACAAGACAGAGUACGGCGAAGGCAACGCACCAUCUGCGACGCCAUGGAAGGCACUUUUCUUCUUCACCACUAGUGCCAACCUGCCGGUACUCAUUUGCGGCGUCAUAUGCUCAGCCAUUGCCGGUGCGGCCAAUCCUGUCCAAUCCUUCCUUAUCGGAAGGCUCUUCGAGGGCUUCACACAGUACGCGAGCGGAGCCUGGACAACUAUCACACUUAUGCAGGAGCAAAAGAAACACGUUCUCUACUUGGUCGCUGUCGCUGGCGGUAGCUGGAUCUUCCAUUCACUUGAAUUCAUGCUCUGGCUUACCUUCGGUGAGCUUCAAGCGAAGAGUGCGCGCGACCGCCUCUUCCACGGCCUUCUCGAGAGGGAUAUUGAGUGGUACGACAUGCGAAAAAAUGGCAUCGGUGCACUGCUCCCUCGUUUGCAGACGCAGAUCCGCGACUUGCAGCUUGCCACAUCCCAGCCGCUAGGUUUGCUGUUCUCCGCAGCUGCGCAAUGUCUUUUGUGCCUGGGAGAGGCGUUCUUCUACCAGUGGAAGCUCACCUUUGUCAUCCUGUCGACCGUGCCGGUGAUCAUCGUUCUGUUCGGUCUACUUGCUCGUAUCAUGCAAGCCGCUAUCACACAACAGCAGGAAAAGCUAGGCGAAGCGCAGAAGUGCACGACCAGUGCAUUCACCGCAAUUGAGACCGUCAAGUGCUUCAACGGUCAGACCCUGGAGCGGCAGAAGUACAUGACGAAGGUGCGCGAAGCUGGCAAUUGGUAUCUGAAGGUGGCUCGGGCGAGCGGGUUGCAGAUGGCUACGGGAGUGUUCUUCGCUUCGGCAAUGUUUGUACAAGGCUUCUACUAUGGUGGCGUACUGAUCCGCAACGGUGAAGCAACCGUCGCUCGGGUCAUCAUCACAUUCCUGGGCGCGAUCGGAGCCUUUCAGGCCCUGCAAAUGAUUUUGCCACAGGUAAUCAAUCUCGAAAAGGGUCGGAGAGCGGGUACAACAUUACGAGCAGUCAUGGCGGAGGUACAGCGUGGCUCCAAUGUUUGGCAGAAACCUGGACUCCAUUCUCCCUCGACCUGUCGUGGCGAGAUAAGUAUCACGAAUCUCAGCUUCGCGUACCCUUCGCGGUCCGAUCAUCUCGCUCUGGACGAUGUUAGUAUGUUGAUACCUGCUGGGGAGAUGACGUUCUUGAUCGGAAGGAGCGGGUCUGGUAAGAGUACGAUCAGUCAAUUACUCAUGGGCUUCUAUCGAGUCACCAGUGGUGAGUUAGCUGUUGAUGGCAUACCUGUCCACGCUUUGGAUACCGAGUGGCUUCGCUCCAAUAUCGCGCUUGUGGAGCAGCAGAGUUUUCUGUUCAGCGACACCGUGUUCCGCAACAUCGCUUUUGGUCGUAAGGACUAUAGCGAAGUAAGCAAAUCUGAGGUGAUGGCUGCAGCCGAGUUCGCUUUACUGCAGCUUAUGAUUACAGAUAUGCCGAAUGGAUUGGAUACACUGGUAGGCUACGAUGGCGGAUCUAUCUCUGGUGGUCAGCGCCAAAGGAUGGCUUUGGCGCGAGCCAGAUUGCGCGACACGCCAAUACUACUCCUGGACGAAUCAACAAGCGCUCUUGACCACAUCAGCCGGGCUUUGAUGAUGGAUGCGAUCCGACUCUGGCGGCGUGGUAAGACUACGAUUGUCAUCACCCACGAUAUCUCGCAGAUCCAACCAGAAGACUACGUAUAUCUACUCGAGCACGGAAAGCUUGUACAAGAAGGCUACCGCAAGCAUCUCGAGAAGCUCAAAGAUACGCCGUUCCAGGACCUCUUACCUGAAGAUUUCCGCGCAAAAGCGAUACGCGCAGUUGGCUCUGAACACAGCAGACAACCCCUAUCUAUGAGCGCAGUACUGGACUUGGCUGAAAGCGGCAAGAAGCCAGUUGUUGAUAGGGGUAUCAACCAUGUCCAGGCAGAUGUAGCCAAUACCCAUAAUUGGGGUUUGUCUCGUAUAUUGGGCACGAUCUGGCCCAAUGCCAGCGCCUCGGGGAAGCUUAUGAUCUUGGCAGGGUUCUACGGCUGUACUGUGCAUGCCAUCGCAACGCCGGUGUUUUCGUACAUACUGGCCAAACUGCUCGGGACAUAUGCAAUGCCUCAUGGCGAAGGCCGCAAACAGCUGAUUUACGCCUUGAUCAUUCUCACGGUCUCCGCUCUCGAUGCGGCACACACUGGCCUUCAAAGAUUUCUCCUUGGCCAGGUCGGUCAACACUGGGUCGACAGCUUCCGUGAUCGAGCAGUUAAGCGUGUCCUGGACCAGCCGAAAGCGUUCUUCGACGACGAGCAGAAUUCGGUGUCGCAUCUUGUUGACUGUCUUGACCGUAAUGCGGAAGCCAUGCGAGAGCUCUUGGGUACAUUCACUGCACUGGCAUUCAUUGCACUUAUAAUGUGUGCCAUAUCUGUCGUGUGGGCACUCUCUGCGCAGUGGAAGAUGACCCUAAUCGCACUUUCCGUCGGGCCUUACAUUCUGGGCGUGUCCAGGCUUUUUGCAGCGGUUAGUGCCAGAUGGGAGACUCGCAGCAAUGACGCAGCCGAGAUCGCCUCUUCCAUCUUCACUGAAGUCUUCACCAACAUCAAGACCGUGCGCGCGUUAGCGCUGGAAUCUCAUUUCAAGGACAAGUACAUCAGAGCUACAAAUCACGCCCUGGUAGUAGGGUUCCAGCGAUCGUUCUACACCGGCUUCUUCUUUGGCUUGUCCGACUCAGCCGUGAGUUUUGCCAAUGCGCUUGUCUUCUACAUCGGCACGUGGCUAGUAUGCAGAGGCACAGCCGUCAACGACGUGAUACAGGUAAUUGUUAUGCUGAUGUUCGCUCUUGCAAACAUUAGCGUCAUUCUGGAAUGCAUACCGCAGGUCGGCAGCUCGCGUGAUGCCGCGUCCCGUCUACUUCGCCUAGCGCAUCUACCUCAAGACUCACACGAACAUCUUGGUGAUACGCGAGUGGAGAGUGUUGGCGAAAUCCUGUUCAACAAUCUGCGCUUUGCGUAUCCGAGCCGACCAGCACGUACAGUUCUCAAUCGUAUCAACCUCCGUUUGCACCCCGGCGUCUCAACAGCCAUAGUCGGGGAAUCGGGCUCAGGAAAGUCGACCAUUGCGACCCUGUUGCUGGAUAUCUGGAACACAGCUCAGAUGCCGGAGACAGAUGCAGCGGCUGCUGGCGAGUUGAUCAUUUGUGGCCGGGACAUCACAACCCUCUCAACUCCGUCCUUGCGGACUGCGAUUGUACCUGUGCUACAGAAUCCAACCGUCUUCGCGGCGACUGUCGCAGAGAACAUCACGUAUGGGCUUCCUACCGGCUCUCCAUACUGCAGCGAGGUCGUCAUCAUCGAUGCUGCACAAAGGGCUGGUAUUCAUGACUUCAUAAACAGCCUUCCUUUAGGUUAUGAUACUCCCAUAGGCGAUGGUGGCAUGGGCUUGUCAGGUGGUCAAGCACAGCGUGUUGCCAUUGCGCGAGCCUUGGUCCGGAACCCUUCAGUACUAAUUCUGGAUGAAGCAACAUCGGCUUUAGACGUCGAGUCAGCAGCGCUAGUGCGGCAGGCGAUCAAGAGCCUCGUAGACGACAAGAGCCGAGCAAUGACAGUGAUCAUGAUAACGCACAGCAGAGACAUGAUGGAGAUGGCCAAGCAUGUCGUUGUUCUUGAUCAAGGGAACGUCGUAGAAGAAGGCGGCUUCGAGGAGCUCCUGGCCAAAGAAGGUGCCCUUUCGAACCUUCUCAGUGGCGGAGCGUGGACGGACAAUAAGCUGAGCGGCCAUACUGCGCGCAAGCGCGGAGCACCCCGACUGAAAGACGUCCGUUGGACGUCACGGCCUGUAUGUUGUAUCGUACCUACACAUGGCUAUCUUUCGAUUCGCAAUGUUACCAUAUCGCAGAACGGAUUUCGCGCGCCUAUAUAA